AGAUAAAUGUUGGAAAAGCAGUAUAGUUUUCCACACUUCCAUUUCAAGAUCACGCCUAUCCUCUCUCUCUCUCUCUCUCUCUCUCUCUCUCUCAGAUAGAAGAAAAUGGAGAUUUCUUUCUCAUCAAUGGCAGCUUUGGUGGCUUUAGCCAUGGUGUUGAUGGCGUGGAUAUGGAGAUUUGUGAAGUGGGUUUGGCUUAAACCUAAGUUUCUGGAGAAUCGCCUGAAAAGACAAGGCCUGUCCGGAACUCCCUACACUCCAUUUGUUGGCGAUAUGAGAAGGAACUCCAGUAUGUUGUCGGAAGCAAGGUCCAAACCCAUCAAUCUGACGGACGACAUCACUCCACGUGUCCUCCCACUCCCCCUCACUAUGCUCAAGACUCACGGGAAGAGUUUCUUCACUUGGUUGGGGCCUAUACCAGUGAUUACACUUACAAAUCCUGAACAGAUCAAAGAAGUGUUUAACAAAAUUUACGAUUACGAGAAGCCGCAUACGUUCCCUUUGGUCAGAUUGAUAGCAAGUGGACUAGUGAAUUACGAUGGAGACAAAUGGGCGAAACACCGCAGGAUCAUCAAUCCCGCUUUCCAUCUCGAGAAGAUCAAGAACAUGGUCCCUGCAUUCUACCAGAGUUGCAGUGAGAUAGUUCAAGAAUGGGAGAGACUAGCUGCAGAUAAAGGGUCAUCGUGCGAGGUGGAUAUUUGGCCAUGGCUCGUGAAUCUGACUGCGGAUGUGAUCUCACGGACGGCCUUUGGAAGCAACUAUAGAGAAGGACAGAUGAUUUUCAAACUCCAAGCGGAACUAGCUCAGCUCCUGACACAAGCCUUUCGGAAAGCUUAUAUCCCUGGAUAUCGGUAUUUCCCGACAAAGAGCAAUAGAAGGAUGAAAGAAAUUGACAGAGAAAUACGAGCUACACUAAGCGGGAUCAUUGGCAAACGAGUGGAAGCGAGGGAAGCACCGAACGAUGAUUUGUUGGGUAUACUUCUCGAAUCAAAUUCCGGGCAAUCUAAAGGAAAUGGGAUGAGCAUUGAAGAAGUGAUGCAGGAGUGCAAACUGUUCUAUUUCGCCGGACAAGAAACAACUUCAGUACUAUUAGUUUGGACGAUGAUUUUGUUAAGCCAACACCAAGACUGGCAGGCUCGGGCGAGAGAGGAAGUGAUGCAAGUUCUCGGUGACCGGAAACCCGAUAUCGAUAGCCUCAACCAGCUCAAAGUUGUAACGAUGAUAUUAUACGAGGUUCUAAGGCUAUACCCUCCAGCGACGCAACUGAGCCGAGCUGUCCACAAGGAGACGAAACUCGGAGACCUGACUCUUCCUGGAGGCGUUCACGUCGCUCUACCGAUUCUGCUUAUCCAGCGUGAUGUUGAGCUAUGGGGAAGCGAUGCGGGAGAGUUCAAACCCGAGAGGUUCAAAGACGGGAUCUCAAAGGCGACGAAGAACCAGGUUUCGUUCCUCCCCUUUGGGUGGGGACCGAGGAUUUGCAUCGGCCAGAACUUUGCCUUGCUUGAGUCCAAGACGGCUUUGGCUUUGAUCCUACGGAGAUUCUCUUUCGAGCUCUCUCCUUCGUAUGUUCACGCUCCGUACACAGUCUUUACACUUCAUCCUCAGUUUGGAGCUCAUCUCGUUCUUCGGAAGCUAUAAGAAUGGUUUUGUUUCUAAGUGUAGAAUGCAGAAACGUAGCUUUAGUUCGUGACUCUGAAGAGGCACACAUACAAAAAGUUAUGGACUUUUGGGAUUCAUCUCAUCUAUCUCGAAGCGCUGUUACAUUCCUUCCCUUGUUGCAGAAAUGUCUGAAGGCAUUGUAGUCUUCCUUAACCGUUGAGUGGUGCUGAGUAUAUGCGAGAUUUGUGAAAUAGGAUUUGGGUUAAACCUUGGAUUCUUGGGAGUUACCUAAAAAGACAAUGCCUUGUCGGAACUCAUUACCCUCCUCUUGUCGGCGAUGUGAGAAGGAUUUUCAGCAUGUUGACGGAAACAAGAUCCAAACCCAUCAAUCUGACGGACGUAAUCUCUCCACGUCCUAUGUUUAAGACGCGGUAUGUACUAUGUUAAUUCGUCGCCGUGGCCGCGGGUGAAUCCUAAAAAGUCGAUUCUUUCAAAGAAGUCUUCCUUUUUUUUGCUAGUGUUGUUGUCGAAUAAGACUCUCGAUCUCUCUCCAUGAGCACUGUCGCCUGGUUCUCUUCUGGGUUUCCAGAGAAUCGGCAAAUGAGGAGUUCUGGCUUUGUUCUUCCCAAGCCGGUCUUGCUCUUCUUUGGUUCGAUUUCCUUUUUUUUGUAUGAUUCGGUCUCUCUUCAGUUGGGUACUGAGUGACCUUGUGUUUCUGUGUGUAGUGGGUCUUUGUCAGAAUUUGUGAAGACGCAAUUGGGCAUCCAA